GUACCAGACGAAGGAAAUCAUGUGGAUGGGUCCCGAUUGGAUCGUGCAGGAAAUCAAGGAUUCGGGCCUCAGGGGUAGGGGCGGCGCCGGGUUCCCUUCUGGCCUAAAGUGGUCCUUCAUGCCCAAGAACACCGAUGGCCGGCCGUCCUUCCUUGUCGUGAACGCCGACGAAUCAGAACCGGGAACCUGCAAGGUCGGUUGGUCGGUCUAGCGUUUUUUCUUUUUGUCGCACAGUAGUCGUUGCCCCGGUUUUUGCGGUCAAUAGUAUCACAAAAUGUGGUAAACUGUAACCGCUGUUGAGGGCAUCGCCGCCACACCGGAUUGGCAGUUAUAUGGUAUGGUUGUUUUGACUACCGAGGGGCAGACGUGCCACGAGAGGUGGAACCGUUAUUCUGGGCAUCCUGCUAAAUCACCGCUAUACCGGAUUGAGAGUUCUAUGGUAUGGGAUGAUAGUUUUGACUACCCAGGUGCAGCCGUGCCACGAGAACUGGAACCGCUACUCAGGGCAUCCCGCGAAUUAGGAAAGGAACGAACCGCUAAACCGGAAGCUCGUACACUCAAGGAGAAACGGCAGUCUUUUAAUACAUUAGGUGUUUUGUUUCUUCAUCCUUUGUUAAGCCAUAGAGGGCGGUGCCGCUGUACCUUUGCUUUUUUGUCGUACACUAAGCCGAAACAGCAGUCUCCAUACACAGGUUUUCGUCUCGUCGUCCUUUGUUGUGCCACGGUGGGAACCUGCACGGUCGGUCGGUGCUCUGCCGUGCCUUUGUGGUCGUUCCGUUGGACCAGUUGUACGGAUAUUAGACGGUGCAGGUAGUCGCGUAUCGCUCUGGUGUGUCCGCAGCCCGAGUUCUUCAUUUGCGUG